AUGAGCCUGGUGUCAAAGGGUUGUGAAGAGAAAUGUGUUCUGACCCAAUCUUCAGUAGCUCAGCGACUGAAAAACAGCAGGAAGGAGGAAAAAGAAGCAGAAGCUGAGAAAGCAGUUGCUGAAGAGAAGAGCGAGCGCAGUCUGGUCUGUCCCCCGCGGCGCAGCCGGAGCUAUCAGCCCCCGGGGGAUGUGCAGAACUUCCUCCACUCUGUGGUCAAGGAGGUCUUUGGACCCUCGCUUCCUGAGAACUGGCAGCAGACGCCCCUUGAUGACACGAGGUUAAAGUUUCACCUCCUGGCCCAGCUGGCAGCAGAGCUCCAUCACACUGUCCCCAAUUCCCAGCUCCACCUGAUGCGCAGCGUUGGGGAUGUCCUGGAUUUCUACAGCACUCCUGUGAAGGAUGCCUCCAAGUUUGACGAACUGUGUGCGGCAAAGCUGCCCCCCAACCUGAAGAUCGUCUGGGAGCAGUGA